AUGCCCGAAUCCAAGAGCUCUCCAAGUUAUGGCAUUUCGAAUGCCGUCUGUCAGACUGGUUCACAAGAAGACAACAAGGCCAAUCCUUCUCCUGAUCCCGCCACCCAUGAAAGAGCAGCAACUCCGGCUCAAGCUUUAACUAUUAAGAAACCGGAGAAAAAGAAGCAUAAUGAAUAUCAAUUGGGGAACACACCGGAUGCUGAACCGUUGCUUAAUCCAAAGUGGGUUUGAAAGCAUUAACUGUUACGUAAACGUUUGAGAUGAAACUUUUCGUGUACAAUAUAUAAUUUGAAUUGAUUGUCAUCUUUUUUAGAUGGCUUGUGUUCUCGGCAGACGAAGGUUAUCGGGCACCUCAAUAUGCAACCUUCUCGAUCACCAAUACCGAAGAGAAGACUAUAGCUUUUCGAUUGAGAUCUAGAGUAAGCUCUAUCUCACUGUGCAAAUGUAUAAUUUAUCCAGCAAUUCAAUUUAAUUCAUGCCCAAAUAGUCGCCAAACUCUAUUCAACUAUUUUUAGGAUCGUUUGUUCCCGCAGAUGAGUCAUUCCAAUGGUAUCUUACAACCGAAACAAUCCGUAGAGGUGAUCUGUUAUAUUCCCCCGUAUGAUCAAUGGCCAAGAGAUGUCAGUGAAUACACUGGAAAGGUCCAUAAAGUAGUUGUGGAGUCCUUAAUUGUCCCUGAUUCGAUGACAAUUCCGAAAACUCCUAAAGAACUGUUCAGCGCCGUCAGAAAACUCUUUCAUCAAACUGCAGCCAAGGCAAGUGUAAUAUAAGAAAAAAGAAUACUGAUACCGAGUCGUAAUCAAGUGGCUAUUCCUUUCUCCUAUUAUAAACUCCCAUUAUUUUAUUUGUCGUUGACUUUCAGCCACAAUGUGCUUUCAAUUUAGUCUUUCAGGCCCCUCUGACUCGCAUCUACCUCAAGUUGAAGAUAAUUCUGCCGAUUGUCGCCGGAAUCUCCCCUCCAAGAAGCGUUUCUUCGUCUACUAGUGCCAAAGUAUAA